UCAGUUUACUUCUUUAUUUCUUUCUAUGGAAAAGACACUGCUCGCUGGAUGAAGUAUCGGAGGUCAUCUGAAUUUCAGUGACCACGACGUUUGAAUUUCUCGCCACCGAGCACGAAGCGCCAAUUGAUGAAACCAUGGGUGAACCGUUGUAGCUUCCUGGAAAAAGAAAAUUAAAACUAUGAAUAGAACUGUCAAAUGUAGAUAGGUUAUAUUUAUCAGUGAAAUAGAUGGGAACAGAGGUGAAUUCGCUGCCAGUGGCAAUUGCAAUGCUGCUCAGGUUUUUUAAGGAAUAUCAGUGAAGCGUAAGUCCGAGACUUAUUGCCGUUACCAAGGACGUUUGUAAGUGAAAAAGUAGUAGAAUUAUGUAGUUAAGAUGGUCACGAGCACGGCAUUUGAUAUGACUGGGUCUAUAUAUCACGAGCGCCAGGUUAAAGAACUGUGUGCGUUACACGCUUUAAAUAAUCUAUUCCAAGAGAGAGGGUUUAGUAAACAAGAGCUGGACCAAAUCUGCUAUAGCCUUAGCCCUCAUGUGUGGAUCAACCCCCACAAAUCGUUACUAGGUCUUGGAAAUUAUGAUAUCAAUGUUAUCAUGGCUGCGCUGCAGCGAAAAGGACGCGAAGUGGUCUGGUUCGACAAGCGCAGAGACCCAAAGUGCCUGUGCCUGGACAACAUCGAAGGCUUCAUAUUAAAUGUUCCAACCGAAUACAGACUGGGAUUUGUUUUAUUGCCAUUAAAAAAGCGUCACUGGAUCGCUCUACGCAAGAUACACGGUACCUUUUAUAACCUAGACUCAAAGCUGGAUGUACCGCAACUCAUUGGAACGGACAAUGAGUUAUUAGCAUACCUGAAGGAACAAGUAGACAGCAAAGAAAAGGAAUUGUUUCUCGUCGUAUCUAAAGAAGUCGACAGCCAACAAGGAUGGUUAACGGAAACAAACGGGCGUAAUGUAGACAAUAACAUUGAACGAAAUUCUGUUAGUUGUAUUGAGGAUGGCUAUUCUUUGGAAAAUGAUAUGAAAAAAGUGUGGUAUAAGAAGAAAGUAAUGACAAAGCUUAAGUUAAAUCUUAACAAAAUUCCAGGUAAUUAAAGCGGAAAUGUGCUACAAUACGUUGCCAGAAAAAUGAAUCCAGAGCAAGAGGGAAAUGUUACCUUGUAUGGAAUAUACGUGACAAUAGCAUAAAUGUUAAAUAACAGAGCAACAAGGUGUUGACAAGAUAUCGUUAAAAACAAUGUGAAUACAACGCUUAUUUAUUAUGCUAAUUGUAAACAGCAAAUUUCUAAUGUAGCUAAUUGUGCUUUUAAUAAUAUAUUGUAAGCAUUCUGGCUUACGUUCACAUAUGUUGAUGUAAACUUGCAAUAUUCGGUAUAACGUAUGUACCAUACUGUGAAUGCACAUAAUUUGUAAUUUAUUAACAGUGCGAUACAGUUUCACGACGAGAUGAUAAAGGUUAAGUUAGGCUUAAAGAUGAGCUGCUUAGAUAAAUUUUCUACAUGGUAUGAUUAGGUUACAUAUUUCGUAUGAGGGGAAAAAAAAAAAAAGAAACGGGAUGAUUGAUCAUUUAUGUUACAUCGAAAUCUCUACCCUACAUGCAACUUGGAUAGUCAUCUGGAGUACAAAUAGUUACAAAUCCUUAUUAUAUUCUAUCUAUUUAUAGAGUAGAUAUUUGUCUCUUUUAUUUUUCGUGAUGAAUGUCGAAGGGAAGAAUUUCUCUUUAAGAAGCAUAAGAUGUACCAAAAAAUAUCAAAGUUACAUUACUGCGUUUUCUAACGCCAUUCAUUUUCGCUCCUUUAUACUGUAUCACUAGAGCAUUUCCUGAAUGUAAUGAAACUUGGAUCUGAUUUUAUCAAAAGACUGAUUGUUUUUUUACUAUUCUUCAACGAUUUGUUAAUAUGUAAGUCAAUGGUGUACCGUGCAAUUAAUUGCAAAAUUUAUGACAAGGGGCAUUCAAGUAAUAGAGAUAGUUGACAUUACGUGACAUUGUAACACUUGAAUGAAACCUAUUAACAUAUGUUCAUCUUAUUUACACAGAGAAAGUUGCUUUCAGAUUUGCUUAUUUUUACGACACCGUUACGCUACUGUCCAUGAACAAUGGAAGUCUAUUGACUGGAUGAAAAAGGAAUGAUAAUGUGUUCCGUGAGAUGACAGGAGUAUGGACAUUAACAUGAAUAAUUCUUCACUAAUUAAAAUUCCACCCUGAAGUAUAAUUUUUACGAAAGUACGUCGUGUACACAUGAUUGUAUAUAAAAUCCAGAUGUAGAAUGGAACUUAUUAAAUCAUAAGAUCGAAGUUACCAUGAAUGCAUAUGUAAGACGAACGCAAUGCCCAUCAUUUUCGACUUCCGCGGUGUAUUCAACAUUUUUGGCAGUUUGCUUUCUCACUCUUGGACAACACACGCAAAGCAAAAGAGCUCUAUACCGUUUUAUAAAUUUUUACCGAAAAUUCGUAAAAUAAAUAUUUUCAAGUAAUUUUUGCUUCCCUCGAAGUAAUCAGAUUGAAAAUAAGUACGCCUUCUUGCAUACUUCUGCAUAAAUACAUGUUACACCCUAAAACGAAUAUCGUAGGUUUCACGUUUGUUUAUUUCCGUCAAUAACUUUAAGUACAAGUGUAAAAGUUUAGAAUUCUGCACUCAGGUUAUGGUUUUGUGCACCCGAAUACGAUAGUGUAUUAUAUGUAUGUAUUUCUUUAAUAUGUAACGGAGACUUGUAUUUGUACAAUUUUGUCGAGUGUCAACAAUAAAUAACAGCUGAACAUUCUCCA